AAAAAAUCAUCAUAUUUAAAAAUUAUAUUUUUUUAUAGCGACUAUGAAAAAAAACUGUUUAGGCUGUUAUUUCUUAGUUUUUAUGUUCAUCAUAAAUAUUAAAUAAUAAUAUAUUACUAUAUUGUUUUGCGGAUCGUUGAAUCGUUCUAUUUAUAAUUCGGUAAUUUCUAAUCGCGCCGACUGACGACAUGACGGGCACCGGUCGUUUAUGCGAAACGAGAUGGGUCGAAAGACAUGAAGGAGUAAUGAGUUUUAUGCAAGAUAUGCAUAACAUUAUUGAUGCAUUGUUAGAAAUUACAUCAUGGAAAGACUUGAAUACUUCUGGAAAAGCUAAAUCCCUAGCAACAGUAUUAUGUGACAGUGAAAUUAUUGUUUCACUUUGUAGUCUCUCUCAUAUGCUUAGCUACACUCUUCAACUAAGUAAAUGUUUUCAAAAAAAGUCUAUUGAUUUACAUGAAGCAGCCAAUAUAAUGAAAGAUACACUAAAUAUUCUGUCAGAAUGCCGAGAAAAUGUUUCUACUCGGUUUAAAGAAGUUUAUAAAUCGUCCGAGAGUAUAGCUAAAACUCAAAAAGUUGAUUUGAAAAUUCCAAGGAAUUGUUCAAGACAAACAAAUCGUGCAAAUUAUCAAACAAAUAGUACAGAAGAAUAUUAUAAAUUAUGCAUAUUUAUUCCAUUAUUAGAUAAUGUCAUUAAUGAUUUAAAAGCACGUUUUUCACAAAAAACACUAGAGUGCUUCAAUCUUUCAUAUAUACUUCCUAACAAGUUUAUAAAUGAAAAUACAACUUCAUAUUCAUUAAAUAAAUCAGAAAUUAUCUUAAAAGCAUUAGCAGACGAUUUUCAAGCACUUCUUUCAAAUGAUAAAGACAUGGUAUUUACUUUAUUACGUUCAGAGUUUAGAUUAUGGAAACAAAAAUGGAACCGUGAAAAACUUGAAAACAUUUUAAACUAUCCAAAAGUCGUCUUCCUAUACUCUUCAUUUCUCCCGUGA